UGUUAAGACUUGACAGAAGUUUUGGAGCAGUUGUGAAAGAAAAAGCGCAAUCUUCCAAGAAUUUGGAAAACAACAAAAAGAAGAAAAGGAAAAUUGCAAGUUGAAGUUCCAAAUUGGAGAACAAACGUAAUAAUUACAAGUGGAGGAGCUUCUGUAAUUCAUGGUGUACACUGAGGGUAUGCCCGUAUUUCCCUUCAACUCCACUCCACUCUAUUGCAUUUUUGUUUCUUCUUCUUGAACAUAUCACUCACAAUCCCAAAAAUCUUGUUCCAACUUUCACUCUACUUGCCAAACCCAUCUGAAGAAUCCUUUCCAGUUCUCUGUCACAUUCAUUUUCCGGUUUUCUUUUUGUGUUGAAUCUGAGGAAGAACGAUGUGUGGAGGUGCCAUCAUUUCUGAUUUUAUUCCACCGUCACGCUCUAACCGGGUCACCGCCGAUCACCUUUGGCCGAAUUUGAAGAAACCUAAAUCAGGGAAACAUUCGCCCGCUAGGUCUCUCAGGUCGCGGAUCUUCGAUGUUGAUGAUUUUGAGGCUGAUUUCCAGGACUUCAAGGAUGAGUCUGAUGUUGAUCAAGAUGAAGAUCACUUCUCGGAUAUUAAACCCUUCCUUUUCUCUGCUCCUAACUCCGCCUGCUCUUCCACUCGCGGAUCAAAUGCUAUAAAAUCUGUGGAGUUCAAUGGGCAAGCUGAGAAGUCCGCUAAUACUAAGAGGAAGAAUCAAUAUAGGGGAAUAAGGCAGCGUCCAUGGGGUAAGUGGGCUGCUGAAAUCCGAGACCCCAGUAAAGGGGCCCGUGUAUGGCUUGGUACUUUCAACACUGCAGAAGAAGCUGCAAGAGCAUAUGAUGCGGAGGCACGGAGAAUUCGAGGCAAUAAAGCCAAGGUGAAUUUCCCUGAUGAACCUUUGCCUAAUACCCAGAAGAGGAAAAACUCACAGAAAGUGAAACAACACAUCAAGGCGAACGUGAAAGCAAACCAACACCCAGAUCAGAACUACUACGAAACCACUGGCUUUCUGGAAGUAAAGCCUUCUACUGACCAACUUGGAUACAUGGACUCAUUCCCUGCUAGUAUGGAUUGUACUCCAUCUGACGAUAUGCUACUGUAUUUUAACUCAGAUGAGGGAAGUAACUCGAUUAGUUGUUCGGACUUUGGAUGGGCAGAUCAAGGAGUCAAGACACCUGAAAUCUCUUCUGUCUUCUCAGCUACUGACUCUCAGUUUACAGAGGAGAUGCAUCCAAUGAAAAAACUAAGGUGUAGUAGUCCUUCAGGGGAUGCCAUAACUGCUGAAGAAGUAGGUGCUAAGACGCUGUCAGAGGAGCUUUCUGUCUUUGAGUCCCAGAUGAAGGUUUUUCAGAUGCCGUACCUCGACGGGAACUGGGAUAAUUCAAUGGAAGCCUUUCUUGGUGGGGGUGCGACUCAAGAUGGUGGAAACUCAGUGGAUCUUUGGAGUUUUGAUGACCUCCCUGCUGUGGUUGGAGGAGAGUUUUAAGCAAAGGUUUCCUUUGCUGGCUGGUCCAUGUAAAUAAAGCUACAUGAAGUGGAUGUCACCGAUGAUUGCGACGACGUUCAAACAGUCAAUUGUGCCUGAGGCAAUUAAGGACAUGUUUAUGCUGUAGCUAAUGGGCCAGGAUUAUCAAGUUUAUUCAGGUAGCAUUACCUGGAAAACCUUAAAUCGGCGAUAGCCUUUCGUGUUAAGUCUGUAUCAACAAUAUGUUGUCUGUGUUGAUGUACCAUAAAACUAGGUUGCUGUCUUUGCUAUUGAUGUUUUUUACAUCAUGAAAUGACUAUCUGUAUGAAUUAAUGCACCGCAACUUUUUCUUUUCCAUGCUCAUAGUUUGACCAUUUUGGUUACACUAAUUAUCCAAA